AUGAAAUUAAACUACUUGCUGUUCUUUUCAUUGUUCAUUCUUUCUGUAUUUGCAAUUCAUCAUACGCCAGCCAAUGAUAAACGAGAUGUGUUUGAUCUUCAUAAUUCAGGCGGCUCAAAGACUACAACAGUAACAACAAUAGCUCCUACAGCUACACCCACUUCAUCACCAAAGCCCAGUCCACCUUAUCCAGCACCAUCUUCUAGCCCAGUGGCAAUAUACGGAGGAAACUACAUUACACCACAGAAUGGUGUAGCGGCUGGUAUCUUGAUCGUCCUAGGCCUUUAUCUCAUGAUCUUUGGCUUUCGCUCAUUUCGAUUGACGCUUGCUGUUUGCGGUUACAUUACAUUUGGUUUAAUCACUUGGGUAGCCAUGGCAAACAAUCAACCUUACUACGGUUAUAUCAAUAACGAUGUCACUCUGAUCGCAGUACCUGCAGGAUUGGGCAUACUGGGCGCCAUCAUUUACGCAUUAUUUUGGUCUAUUUCUAUUUAUCUGAUUGGCUCAAUGGGUGGAUUUGCAUUGGCACUGUAUAUUUUAUGCUGCAAAGAGAAUCUGGUGAUCACACAGGUGCCUGCUCGAGCUGCCCUCAUGGUCUCACUUCCCGUUUUUUUCUCUUUCCUAACUUUCUUUGCAGAGCGCUAUGUCUUGCUGUUUUCGUUUGCAUUUGUUGGUUCCUAUAUCUUUAUGAUAGGCGUAGACUUUCUUGCACAUACAGGGUAUCUCGCUGGGGUCAAAAAGAUACUCGAUGGCAACCCUUAUCAUCAAGUAAUCUAUCAAAUCAAUAGUAAAGUUUUGGCCAUCAUUAUUCUUAUUCCAAUCAUUUGGUUGAUUUCCUUUAUCUGGCAAUACACUUAUAACAGAGACAUGAAGUUUGGUGUUGUGUUCCAACCACAGACAGUCAUUAUAGAAGAAGAAAAGGUGAUAGAGCCUGCUCCUCCUGCACCAGUAGUAGCAGCAGAGCCCGAGCCUGUGGUAGUGGAACAGACUAUAAAGGAAACAAAGGCUCAUUAA